GCCUCGUGCUUGUUCUAGCUGCAACCCUCUCGCCAUGGCUAAAUUUGGCACCCACACCGGCUAUCCUCAGGUUUCGCAGCUGUGCCUUAUCCAUACAUGCCCAGGUGCAAAACCCUUGACAGGAAUGGGAUCCUUCAGGCUUUACUGGGGUAUAUUACAGCAAUGGAUACCGACCGACCUUGGAGGUUUUGGACCACUCCUGUCACUCCUGAUUCCUUUCCAGUUAUUUUCCUCUGACAGUCAUUCACUGGACUUGUGAGGUGUGUUACUGCAUCGAGAAGGAACCGCUGAACCACAUCAUGGCUGGGACUAUCAAGGAUUUCCCCAACCUACCCCCUGCGGUGCAGGAGCUCAUCUACAAUGGACCAGCUUUGGCACCUCCGGCUGGUGUGACCCCAAAUUUCAAGAAUCCCCCCAAUCGCAACGGCGAAGCGUUGGCCGUUAUGACGUUGUGUCUCGUCUGCUCGACGGUUGUGGCCGUCGCCCGUGCUUAUUCACGAAUAUUUAUCUCCAAGAAGGUGGAGCUUCAGGAUUAUCUUGGCCUAGCUGCAUAUGCAUCUUACAUAGUUCUUGUCUGGGUCUAUCUCGAUUUCUUGAAUAUUGCCGGAUUCUCUGUGCAUCAGUGGAACAUAACCUUCAGAGACAUCAUUCCUAUAUCCCAGAUCCUCACCUUCGGGUUGACCAUAUCCUAUUCCGCAACUCUGCUCUUUGCGAAGUCCGCGAUCCUUCUGGAGUGGAUACGCGUUUUUUCCCCCCACCGCAUCUACACCUUUUUUUAUCGUUCCUGUUAUUUGAUGAUUGUGCUUAACAUCUUGCUGUAUGUAUCAAGCAUCAUCAGCUCGGCUAUCACGUGCCUCCCACAUGAGAGCAUCUGGCAUCCAUGGGUCGAUGGAAAAUGCAUCGAUCGGAAAGCGCUCGGGCUUUUUACAGCUUUUUUCAACGUCAUCAUGGACCUUCUCAUCCUUCUCCUACCCCAGCGUAUCAUUUGGACUCUCCAAAUGACGAAGGGACGAAGACUAGGCAUCUCAUUAGUUUUUUCGAUGGGUGUUCUUGCUACCGUGUGUGCCGCCGGCCGCGUCGCCGCUACCUUUGCGAUUGACUAUGACGGAGACGCAACAUAUACGGCUUCCGAUAUCAUGCUGUGGGCUGUCCCAGAGCUGACGUGCGUGCUGCUGGUCUUCUGCAUGCCUUCAGUGCCAAAGGCGCUCGCCAAGGAAGGUCCUCUCUUCAAGAUGGUCUCAGCGGUGAGGUCCUGGACGCUGCUACCAACAACAGGAAGCCGUGCGUCCGACGGUUCCAUGUCAGCAAGGAACAAGUGGCCGACUAUUGGGAAGCAGUCAAAGACUCGCGUAUAUCGCACGAUGGAUCACCCCGACAACCAGUCCAUACGUAUGGCGCAGCUAGGGUUGACACAUACAGAGUCCCACAGGCUUGACGAGCUGCAGCUCCACGACCAACCACCACCCGUACCUCCUCUGGAUCCCGCAAUUAUGCGGACCAUGGAGGUCGAACAACAUCGACAUGAGACCAAUGGAUUUCAAAUUUCACCUGCCAAUUCCUACAAUUGGGCUCCUGUAUCUAAUGAUUCCACCAAACAGGCACACUAUCACAUUUCAGCUGAGAAACGCUAGAGUCUGUGUUUAGUUGCUGCCCUACAAAGUGGCGGGAAAGGGGCUUCACCGCCGCACAAGCAGCCUAGAGAUCCACUAGGACUGGAAAUUUCAACAAAGAAGAACUUUGUGCUUGGCUAGUAUGGGAGGGGGCAACGCGAAGAAGGAGGUGACGAGUGCAUGCGGUUUAGUGCCUACAACGGGCAUGAGUCGAACCGUACAUACUUACAAAUCAUUCAUUUCACCUGCAUUUACCUGUCA